AAUACCAAUAGUCUUUUGGAACGUGGACUCAUAAUAAACUCAAUUCGCAAACGAACUCUCACUGCGCCUUUUCUAUUUCCAUUCGCUUCAGUCUAAAACCUCACCCAAAACCACUGUUAUGAACGGUGGCGGAGGUGACGCGCCAUCGAUGCAGCCGGCGGCGAAUGGUGGAGAGUUUCUGCUCUCUUUGCUUCAAAGGCCUAAGCAUCAGCUCCAAACACCAUCACCACCACCACCUUCAUCCCAGCCUCAAUUCCCCAUUCCCAUCUCAAUUACUCCGCCACCUGGACAACAAUAUCUACAGCAGCAGCACCAACAGCAACAACCUCUCGCCGUCGAUCCUGCCGUUGCAGCUGUGGGCCCUAGCAUCCCUUUUGUGCCGCCUCUUUGGCAAUCAAACGGCCGUGAUGUUCUCACUCCUUCUUGGCCCCUCAAUCUUUCUUCUCCUCCUCUACUUCCUGGUUUCCUCGGGUUCCCCCAAAAUCCCUGGCCUUCUCCUGGAAGCCAAUUCCAAGGAAAUCAGCAAGGAGUCGUCGGUGAUGAUGUUCAGAGAUUAGGGUUUUCAAGUGCCGAGGUCAGAGCUAAUAAUACAAUUCAUAAUCUUGUACAUCACAAGCAGCAACUGGAGCAAAAGCUACAGUUUGGCUCGUUUCGCAGUGAUAUCCAAACCGCCGAUGGUUUAUUAGAUGUAAAUUCAAAGCUCAGCGCAGCAAAGGAGCUGGAAGUAGGAUUGGGGAUCAGAAACUUAAACGGAUUGGAAAGGAAUCCAAAAUUUGAACCACAAUUGAACUCGAAUUUAAGAACUUUCGAUUUGCGCGAGCAGGAUUCAAGAGCAGGCGGCGUUUGGGGAAAGCAACCACAUGGAGGGAGUUACAGGUCGCAGGAAACUCGAAUGCCACCUCCAGGGUUUUCAAAUAAACCAAGGGGAGGAGGAGGAGGAGGAGGAAGAGGAAGAGGGGGAGGGGGAGGGGGAGGGAAUUGGGAUAAUGGGCAUUGGAGAGAGGUAGACCGCAGCGUGAACAAGGGAAAUCACAGUGAAUGGAGUAAGAAGAAUGCAUUUUUAAGUAGUGAAGAUAAGAGUCUAAGAGAUGGUAAUCGUUCGCGAGAUUUGGGGCUCAAUGGACAGCUUGAUCACCCAGGGCCGCCAGCAGGGAGCAAUCUCCAUUCUGUUUCAGCAUCGGACAUUGAAGAGCCUUUGUUAAAUUUGGAGGCUGAAAUGAUUGAGGAUGUGAAGGAUGAAGGUGACGAAUUGGAUGAUCUUGGUGAAGAACUUGUCGAUUCUUUAUUGCUUGAGGGUGAAUCUGAUGGUAAGAAUGACAGGAAGCAAAAUCGACAUUCUCGUGAGAAGGAGUCUAGGUUAGAUAACAGGGGACAGCAGAUGCUUAGCCAAAGGAUGAGAAGGCUUAAAAGUCAGAUGGAAUGUCGCAGAGACAUUGAGGGACUAAAUGCUUCUUUUCUUGAAAUUUACGAGUCACUAGUACUGCCAGAGGAAGAGAAGGCAAAGCAGAAGCAAUUGUUAGCAUUAUUAGAGAAACUAGUCAACAAGGAAUGGCCUCAAGCUAAGUUGUAUCUUUAUGGUUCAUGUGCCAAUUCAUUUGGGGUUUUGAAGAGUGAUAUUGAUGUUUGCCUUGCCAUUGAGGAUUCAGAUAUUAACAAGUCAGAAGUGCUGUUAAAGUUGGCAGAUAUAUUGCAAUCUGAUAACCUCCAGAACGUGCAGGCAUUGCCCCGGGCUAGGGUCCCCAUAGUAAAGCUUAUGGAUCCAGUGACUGGAAUCUCUUGUGACAUAUGCAUUAACAAUGUUUUGGCUGUUGUAAAUACCAAGCUUCUUCGGGAUUAUGCACAAAUAGAUGUGAGGUUACGGCAGUUGGCUUUUAUUGUGAAACAUUGGGCGAAAUCAAGAGGAGUUAAUAAAACUUAUCAGGGAACCCUUUCUAGCUAUGCGUAUGUUUUGAUGUGCAUUCAUUUUUUACAGCAGCGUAGACCUGCUAUUCUUCCAUGCUUACAGGAAAUGGAGGCAACAUACUCGGUCACUAUAGAUGAUAUCAAAUGUGCUUACUUUGAUCGAGUGGAAAAACUUCGUGGUUUUGGAUCCCGCAACCGGGAAACAAUUGCUCAACUGGUGUGGGCUUUUUUCAAUUAUUGGGCUUAUCGUCAUGAUUAUGUGAAUGCUGUUGUAUCGGUCCGCACAGGAAGCAUAAUCAGUAAGCAGGAAAAGGACUGGACAAGGAGAGUUGGGAAUGAUCGUCAUUUGAUAUGCAUAGAGGACCCGUUUGAGACAUCUCAUGACCUGGGUAGAGUGGUGGAUAAGUUUAGCAUAAAAGUUUUGAGGGAGGAGUUUGAACGUGCUGCGGAUAUCAUGCAAUAUGAUCUAAAUCCUUGUGUAACGCUCUUUGAACCUUAUGUUCCUUAGUUCACUCUGCUUGAAUAAGCAUAUUAGAUGUAAUUAUGGCAUGAAUUAUGCUCAGGUUGUAAGGACCCUUCUGUCAUCUCUCCUCAUUUUUGUCAGAAAUGUGUUGGGUGGGCUUUUUGUUUAUGUCCUGUUAAUUAUGAAAGGAAUUUCUGGUCUA